CUGUAACCGUACACGUAUUCGUAUUCCCCCCUUCCCUCCGAUCUCCUCCAUCUCUCCAACUCCAGUUCUCCACCCACCAAUAACUCGUGUAACUCGCCCGCUCACUCACGCUCUCACUCACUCACUCACUCACAAGUCACAACCCCCCCUCUCUCUCUCUCUCUCUCUCUCUCUCUUCCUUCUCUCUGUUGCUUGUGACCUUGAAAUGGAUUUGAAAGCCGCUGUGUUCAAAGACUUGUGAAGAAGACAGAGAAGCGCCCUCUCCCCAUCCCAAAUCCUCCCCUUUCCACAACUCGCCCGACUGCGACUUCCCCUCUCGCCGCCACCAUUCCUACUAAAGAACCACUGUAGCACCGCGGCUCACUUGGAGCAAAGUUGGAUCGCUCCGCUCUCCUGGUCGGAUCCGGCGUACUUCUACUGCUACUUCUCAAGUUGUCUCAGCCAGAUCCUCUCGGAUUCCUUCUGCGAAUGGAGUUGUGACUACUGCGGCGGGCGUGCUCGAGCUGUAGUGAUGGACUUGCGUCUUGGGAAUGCUUUUGGGAGUGUGAUGGAUAUGGACGGAGUUCUGCUCACUGAUGAGUUUGAGAUGAACCAUCAAAAUGGUGGCCAUGAGCACAAUGCUGUCUCUGGGGGGGAUGAUGUUUUCUAUAACAACAUGAAUGGAGCUACAUUCGAUCACGGUGUUGAGACCGUUGAAGGCUCUAAUGUAACUGCUGAAGACCAUGACUUGGCUGUUGCCAAGGAAGGAGAGGGAGUGAAAGAUGCAGACUAUUCAGAGAAAGCACAAUUGGUGCAAGUUCCAGGAAAGAGCAAGAAUGAGAAGCUUUCGAACCCCAGAAAAGCAUCAGGGGCACAGCUUCCAAAGGGCAAAGACUUCAAAGGUGUGGCACCCCCUACUGUUGCUAAUGGUACUGCAAUUCAGAAUUCACGAGCAAAAUUGCCCUCUAAGGCUAAAUCCUUCAGCGAGAAGCAGGCCCAGGCCACAAAGCUAUCUGGAAAGUCUGAAGCGGCAUCAACUGAAUCCCUCAUAAAGAAGACAACAUUGAAACCGUUGAAGAAAGCACCCAUGGCUGAAGCUGAUGGAGAUAGGCAAUCUUCUUCGUAUCCUUUAAGUGGUGCAAACGUUUUAUUUGUCGUCUAUACAUGCUUAGUUGGUCCCAUCCUCAAUCUCUUGCCGAAAUUUUAUUCUUCUCUUUUACAUGAGUUAGUCCUUAACAAUGACAGAAGUCCCACUGGAAGUGAUGGUAAACCUCGUAAGACUGGAGCACUUCCAAACUAUGGCUUUAGCUUCAAGUGUGAUGAGCGGGCGGAGAAAAGGAGGGAGUUCUACACCAAACUUGAGGAGAAGAUCCAUGCGAAAGAAGAAGAAAAGAAUAACAUGCAGGCCAAGUCUAAGGAAAGCCAAGAAGCCGAACUCAGGCGGCUGAGGAAGAGUUUGACCUUUAAGGCAACACCAAUGCCUACCUUCUAUCAGGAGCCUCCCCCAGAAAGGACGGAGUUGAAGAAGAUACCCACAACAAGACCCAAAUCUCCCAAAUUAGGUAGAAGGAAGAGCUCAUCGCCUGCAGAUGCUGAUGGAAAUAACAUGGAAGCAAGUGGAGUAGCAUUAGGCCGACUAAGUUUGAAUGCCAAAGUCUCUCAGAAUACUCCUACACCAAAAGAGGUAGCCCCGGCCCUUUCUAAAAAGCCACUCCGGAAGUCACUCCCCAGGCUUCCAUCUCAGACGACCAAACUGACCAGAACCAACGGGAAAACUGGAGGUGAAACCAAAGCAACAAACGACAACGUGAAACUCCCAUCGUCGUCAGCUGAGCAGGAAGCUAAUGAAGUCGUCGGUCCUCCGAGAGCUAAGGUUAGUGAAAUCGAGCCAGAUGAAGCGCAAGAGUUGAUGAUGGCUGGAGGAGAGCAAGCGCAACUCUCUGUUGCCGAGCAGUGAAGAAAUAUCGAAACCAGGAAAUGGGAGUGUCAGAAGCCGACAUGGGAGAAAUGUGAGCUUGGAUCGAUGUGCGUAAAUAAAGGAAGGAAUGAAUGGAAUGAUUUCAGAAAAAACAGUGAAGGUCGUCCUGAAAAAGAUAUGUGCUUUGCCGAGAUUGUGAGACGUCUGUGUAUGUCCAUAGCACAGCGGUUGGGUUGCCUUAUUAUUGUGUGGCUUUGCUUUCAAGGUUGCUGGUGUUCUAUCUCGUAAGGAUUCUGCACUGUGCUUGAUGUUGCAGCUCUUGUUUUGUCAUCUUUUAUUGCAUAGUUCUAUCCUAAUCUAUCUCGCUAAGCAAUGCGUAAAGAAGAGAGAAGACGGAGAAGAAAAGCUUGCUUGCUUACUGAAUAUUUUGGGGACAAUUUUGGUCUUAUUUUAGGAAUUCUGUUGGACAGAUUUGGAUGUUAUUAAGUUCUCUUAUUUGUUGUUUGAAGUUUCGAUACUGCCUCCUACAAUUCUAUCUGUUUCCUUGUUCUUGCAUGGAAAUGUUCGGGUUUGAAUUAAACGGGGAAAAGAUCUGAGUUAUUUAUUUAUUUAUUUAUUUCCGUAGAUA